AUCUGGCAGUAUUGUAGAAGCAUUUGUUUAAGAACGUGGUAAAAAGCUGUAGUUUAUAUUUUCAAUAAUUUUAGUAGUGUUUUUGAAAUAACAAACAAAUAUGAGGCUCAGCACUUAUAACUUCUUGACAUCUAAAGCCAUUAAAGGUGUAAAAGUUGGCUUUCCACUUAAAUUAACUAUAGCUAAACAGGACGUUGUUGAAUCAGAGUUCAAUCCAACAUUUAUAGAGCGUCUACUGCCUAGACUUGACUGGUCAGGUAUUCGCUUGGCCGCUGAAGUGGCUGGGCUCAAUGAUGACAUUCCUGCCGAACUACCCGCAAAUGUCGCUGAAAAUGAGGAGUUAUUAAAAAAACUGCACCAUUUGUUGUUGGAGAUUGAUGUGCUUGAAGGGCAGCUGGAAUGCCCUGAAACGGGUCGUGUUUUUCCAAUAACCGACGGCAUACCGAAUAUGCUGUUGAACGAGGAUGAGGUUUAAGACGUGCUACUAUUUUUUAUCCUGUACAUAUUUAGUUAUUUUUAAUACUUAUUGCUAAAUCAAAACAUCUAUGGUUUGUUAUUAUUUUUCAUAGUGACAAAAUGAAUUAAAAUUAAUUGACUCAAAUAGACUUAAUUCUAAAAUCAUAAAUAUUACUGGUUUACAAUUGAUGUUAUUGACAUGGAAGACGCUUUAAACGAAUGUGAAGAAGUAGGUGGAGUAAAGUUUGAAAUUCUUGCCAAAAUAUUCAGUGCUACUCAUAUAGUAGCGAGUAAAAGAACAUUCGGUUUGUACUUUACCGAAAUUGAAAAUAAGUAAAAUGCCGGCCAAGGACUGUCAACACUAAAACAACAAAAAUAAAUAAAACAUUGAAGCAGUUCAGCUCUUUAUUAAAAAUACAGCUUUAUUCGAAAAAAUAUACGUAUUUUGAAUUAUGUUCUGUAUAAGUACGCACUAACGGUUCCAAGAGCUACAAGAUUUGAUAAACUUACGACACAACACUGAUUACAUGUAUAACGCACAAUUUUUUAAUAAACAUACAUAGUACGUUUGUGCACAUAUGUUACAAAUAUCAA